GAGAUCAAACAUCAGCUUGGGAUUGUAGUUGUUGAAUGUUUAGUCAGAAAAUCCAUUUCUUUUUGCCUGAUAUUCUUUCUCAGGAAUAAAUAAGCCUUCAGGAUAUUAUGGGGGAAGAAAAGGCCGCAGCAAAUGAUGAACAGUCGCCGGAAAACGAAGCAAUUAAAGAGGUGGUCGAUUCAUUAGAGGACCCCACAAAUGCAGGCCUAAUUUUAGAAGAACAAGCAAAGUCUUUGAAAAAUAUCUUAGCUGACCCUGCUGUGCAGCAUCUCUUUAAGGCUCAUGGGGCAUUGGAACAAGAAAGGAAAGAAGCUGUGAAGAAUGCAAAUGUUGAGUUGAUAAAGGAGGUUUUAUUAUCAUUGGAAGGCAAAGAUGAGAGUGAAGAUGCUGUAGAGCUACAUACUCUGUUGUCAAAUCCUCAUGUAAAGGGUUUGAUUGAAAGUCAUGAUGCAAUCGCCAACAAGGCAUAUGACGUCACACCACCUCUUGCUCUGCCGGACUCCGCAGACUCAAAUGGGAGUGCAACUGGUGAACCAAUCAGAAUGGUUGGAUUAAAUAAGUCACCGAAUGAAUCUCUGGGUUUAACUCUGAAGCAGCGUGGUGGACAAAUUAUUGUAGCGAGGAUCAUAAAAGGAAGUACCAUAGACAAGCAAGGUUUACUGAAUGUUGGUGAUGUCAUCAAAGAGGUGAAUGGUCAACCAGUAAAGAAUGACCCAGAGAAAGUUCAGAAUAUUUUGAAAGAUUCCAGCACCAAGGUUACUUUGAAGGUCUCUCCAAAUUACGCAAGCAAGCCUUAUCAUGGUCAGGUUUUCGUGAAAACGCAGUUCUCGUUUGAUCCAACCACGGACGAUGAUAUCCCGUGCAAGGAGGCGGGUUUGGCGUUCCAAAAAGGAGAAGUUUUAGAGAUACUGGAUCAAACUGAUGCAACUUGGUGGCAGGCGAAGAAAGUGGACGGUGAUGGCUACACUGGAUUGAUCCCUAGUCGAACGCUGCAAGAGAAACGAAGGACUUUCAUUCAUCCAAACGUCACACAUAGACGUAGCUUCUUCAUGUGCGGUUCUCGUAAAAAAAAGAAAACAAUGUACGAUGUGAAAAAAACGCAAGAAUUUGACAGACAUGCAGUUGCUUCGUAUGAAGAAGUUGCUAAAAAGCCACCGUUUGAAAGAAAAACAUUAAUUCUAGUCGGAGCAGAAGGGGUUGGUCGAAGGACAUUAAAGAACAGAAUCGUUGCCAACGAUCCGACUCGAUUUGGAACGGCGAUACCUCACACAUCACGGGAACCCAAGGAAGGGGAGGAAGAUGGGAAAGGAUAUCAUUUCGUCUCUCGCGAUAAAAUGGCCGAGUUGCGUCGUGGCAACCAGUUCCUUGAGCAUGGUGAAUACAAUGGUAACACGUAUGGUACCAGCAUCGAGAGCGUUAGAACUGUCGUUGACCAUCACAAAAUGUGUAUUUUAGAUUUACAACCUGCGGGUCUCAAAAUGCUGGACAAGUCAGAGUUCAAGCCUUACAUCGUCUUCAUUGCCAGUCCUGGUGUGGAUGAACUAAGUCAACGGCAGGACGAAGCACCGUCGAACGCUAGGAAACUGACGACGGAGGAAAUGUCAAAAAUUGUUGAACAUUCUGAAGUGAUCAAUCGUGACUAUUCGCAGCAUUUUGAUCUAACAAUCGUGAACAAGAACGUUACUGAUACCUAUGAACGAUUAAUGAAGUCCAUCGAAGGCCUGAGUGCAGACUCCCAAUGGGUGCCCGUCAGUUGGGCGAAUUAAAAACCCGCACGCAGGCGUUUUUAGAACUUAGAGAAGCACUUUAGAACAUAGUUUGCCGUAUCUCCUGUCAUUAGACUUUAUGAUAGAUCGCUUCAACCGUAGAGAAUAAUCAGUAUGCUAGGCUGGUCUUCGGCAUUAGACAAUGAUGCAUCAUUUCCGCGCAAUGUCAACAAGAUGUGUUUACAACAACAGGCUUAU